AUGGGCAACUGUAUCACACAAAAUACCAACGUAUAGUAAAAUUCUCCCUCUAGUUCAGAUUUGAACUCAGUACAUUAUAAAAAUUCCUUUGAGAAACAAAUGAUCAUAGGAUAGGGAGGAUUUAGUAGAGUAUGGAAAGUUCAAUCAAGAAAGAAUCCUCACGACAUUUAUGCGCUUAAAGAGAUGUCAAAGGCUAAAGUCAUUUUGAAGAACAGCUUAGCUCAAAUACUAAUGGAAAAGACUAUUCUUUCAAAGAUGAAGAAUGAUUUCAUUGUUAACAUGCAUGCUGCAUUCACUGAUAGAGAUAGUAUGUUCUUAGUGCUUGACUACUGCAAUGGUGGAGACCUCAGAUAUCAGAUGCAAAGAUAAGUAUUCAAUGAAAAAGAAACGAAGUUCAUGAUUGCUUGCUUGGUUUAGGCUCUUGAGUGCAUUCAUACAGCUGGAGUUAUUCACAGAGACAUUAAGCCAGAGAAUCUUGUAUUCAAUGAAAAUGGAUAUUUGAGAUUGACUGACUUUGGAAUCGCUAGAUAAGUGCCUUUCUUAUAAACAUAGAACACUACAACAGAUUUCCAAGAUAAUUCAGCCCCAAAAUAUGGAAUCAUCGAUACCUCAGGAACUCCAGGCUACAUGUCUCCAGAAGCACUUUGUCAAUUACCAUAGUCUUAUACCACUGACUAUUUUGCAAUGGGAGUAAUAAUUCAUGAGAUGAUAUUAAGAAAAAGACCAUAUAAUGGUAAAAGUAAAUAACAAAUUCGCGAAAGUAUGAUUACAAAGCAAGUUUAAAUUAAGGAUUACGAAGUUCCUGUUGACUGGUCCUCAGAAGCUGCAGAUUUCUGCAACCUUCUUCUUAAGAGAAGACCACAAGACAGACUUGGAUUUAGCUUUGGAAUUCAAGAUUUAAAGGAUCAUGCUUGGUUUAAAGGUUUCGACUGGAAAGCUCUCAGUGCUUAAAAGCUUAAAGCACCAUGGGUUCCACCAAAAGGUGACAACUUUAGAAAAAGAGAAACUUUGGAUUUCUUCGAUGGAUCUCAAAAUUUCUUCAAUGAAGAUGAGGAGAUGGACUUCUUAGAAAUACAAAAGAUUAUCUUAAGAGACGAUAUGGUUAAACUGUUUUAAACCUACAACUAUCAAUCACCAACAAGUAACAUUAUAAACAUUAGACCAUUGAAUAAACUUCAAUACAAGUCCUUUAAAGAAAAGCAAAUGAGCUAGUUAAAGCAAAAGUCAAGAAAUCAAUCUAACAUUGAAAAGCUCAACAGAAUCAAGCCACAAAUAAUCGAAGAUAAGUACCAUGAAGUCAAAGUAUAAGAAUGUGAGUGGAAUGAAUUCGAAUAACCAAGAUCAAACAAGAGUGCUAACUCUGUUUAAGUUUAAUCCUUUAGCUCAACAGCCCAAUCUUCUAGAAAAGGAUCAUUUAAUCCAAAUGAAAAAUCUCGCUUCUUUGUUAAGUAAGUCAAGAUUGAGAAUCAUAGCAAUGAAGAUGAUUGGAAUUGA